GGGAAUGAGGGGGCGGCUUUUUGUUGCCCUCCUUCACGCACGAAAUUCGUGCAUGAAAGGCCCAAGUUGCAUUUUUGAAGUUUGGACAAUUAGUGCGUGAAACCUAGUAAUGUUUUUUUUUUCUUUUUUUUUUUGCGCUAGUUUGGUUUAACUUUUUUUUUUUGUGCUACAAAAGUGGCGGAUUCAUAUAUUUCAUUCGAAGCCUCAUUUCUCUUCAUUCUCUCUUCCUAUCACAACUUGAUCCAACUUCUGACUCAAUCUUGAUUAUCACCAAAUAUUUGUUUGUUGAUUCUUUCUCUCCCUGUUCCAUUCAUUCAUUCCAAGAUUUUGAAGAAAAUGAGAAGAAAUUGUAACUUGGAACUCAGGCUUAGGCCUCCUUCUCUCUCUGCUUUUUCUCCGAAGAAUAUUUGCACUACUCCCUACUUCUCAAUGGAGGACAAAGAAAGCAAAGAAUUAGAGCAGCUAGCACAACAGCAGCUAACCAUAUUUUACAAUGGCAAACAUGUGGUUUCAGAUGCUACCGAGCAUCAGGCGAAAGCUAUAAUAUAUCUUGCAAGUAGAGAAAUAGAGGAGAAAACAAAGAAGACUCCAUCACCAAUAUCAAAGCCGUCAUCACCAUUGUUACAACCUCAAACUGGCCUUUUCAUGAAGAGAUCUCUACAAAGAUUUCUACAAAAGAGAAAAAAUAGAAUUCAAACAACUUUGCCAUAUCAUCACUAGCGGUUUUUGAUGGACUUCGCCUUAGUUUAGUUCCUUUUGUAUAUAUAAAUUGUAUUUUGGUGUUGCCAAUUGAAUAGUUUCUGUGAGAACUAGAAAUUAUUACUAAUAGUUUCUAGAUGGAUUACAAUACUAGUGGAUCACUUAUUUUUACAGUUUUGGCAAUACAAUCUUUUCUCAUGUUUCUCUCUUUAACUUAAUAGAACCAGAUCUAAGGUCUGAAAUGUAUUGUGGUACAAAGCAAUAAAUAAUCUGAGCUUGGUUAAAUUUGUUAAUUAUUCUUAUCUCA